AUGACGAGUGUACUAGGGAAGCGCAAAUCGCGCGCUGCUCAAGCCGAACCAUCGAUUUCCGAAGAAGACGCCCAAGCCAUCUUUCGGCGUCAUUUCGAGGCGCAAUUUGCACCUCUAUCACCUCCCGCCAACUCAACAGGGAAAGAAGUAGCGCCUGCUCCCGAGAGUACGGAUGAGGAUCUAGACGAGGACGUUGGCGCCGAGGACGAAGAGGACGAAUGGACGGGGUUGUCAGAUGACGACGAGUCUCCUGCCACAAUCAUAGAAGUGAUUGAACACACCGCAUCUAGCAAACCCGACUCGGCCAUCCUCUCGAAGCGAGAGGCAAAAGCCUGGCUCUCCUCACGCCCUCCCUCCUCUGUCGUCUCCACGACCGCAGCCUCAAAUUCAAAGUCCAAAGUCCCUACCGAGGCAGAGGAGGACAGCGCCUCGCUUUUGAAAAACGAUUUAGCUCUCCAGCGACUGCUCUCCGAAUCACACCUUUUCUCCUCUCCACACAGCAAUGGGUUCGCCUCAGGUGCAUCACACGAGCACGAAGGUCGUAACCGGCAUCUAGCGACGGACCUGCGACUGUCGGCCCUGGGCUCUAAGUCGAGUAUCUACAAGCAGACCAAGAUGCCCAUGUCAAUGAGGAAGGGAAUCACCGCGGCGGCCGAGGCCAGAGAGGACAAGAGGAGGCGGGAGGCAAAGGAGAACGGCAUCGUGCUCGAGAAACCCGCCCCGGCCAAGAAGGCGAAGGGUAUUAAGAGGCGCGAAGCGGUGGUGGAUGCGCCUGCUGUGGGCAAGAUGCAGAAUGGUAUGCUGAAGCUGAGUCAACGGGAUGUUUAUGCGAUUCAGGGGCCUGGUGAUACGGGGAGAGGCGGCAAGAAGAAGAAGCGAAGAUAG